AUGUUCGCCGCUACAGUAACCGUUCUGAUUGUCACAUACAGUGGCCUUCUUCACUGCUGUACCAUACUCAAUCGAACCGAUUUUGUACGAGAAGAGGCGUUGCUCAGGAAGAAACUAUUGGAAAAUUACAAUCCGAAAGUUCCUAUCCUAGUAACCAAAAGUGAUGGUGUCGACAUUCCACGGUUAGAACUAGAUCUCUCUUUGGGUUUUUUGAAGCUGAAGCGUAUGGAUGAACCCGAGCAGAAGGUUGAUUUUAUCUUCGAAUAUCAAAUGGACUGGGACGAUGAACGUCUCACGUGGGAUCCGUCAGAACACUGUGGUAUCGACAGAAUUUAUCUGAGCCGAGAAGAAGUCUGGAUCCCAGAGGUGACAGUGACUCAGGCAGAAUCGUCGCAAGACUUUCGCGAGGAUUACAAGAAGUUUCUUCAGCUGAACAGCUCCGGUCAUCUGAUAUUCUUUGUACCGACAGUGACGUCCGUUUUAUGUUCUGUUAAGGUUCGCGACUUCCCAUUCGACAGCCAGACAUGUUCCAUCAAAAUGAUGACACAUUCGUUUCGAGCAACUGAAUACGGUAUUAACAUGGGUAAUGGAGAAUGGCAAAUGAAAUCUCUAACUACAGGAUUAGAAAGAAUCGUGUUUGACGAUGGAUCUAUUGUUGAAAUAUUCGGUAACGAUUCCCAGAAAUCACCAAUGUUUGAGGGCAGCUUCGACCUCUUCAUGGAGAGAAAUCCUUCAUUCUAUAUAGCCAUCGUCAUUAUACCAUCUUUCAUCAUAAACGUCAUCUGUAUCAUUGGAUUAUUCCUGAGCAGUAGCAAAAUGUCACAGCUGGGUAUGGCCUUGACAAAUAUAAUGUCCUUGACUUUCAUUCUCGGAAUUCUCGCCGACGUAUUGCCCAAAGUUGACGAGUUACCGAAGAUAGGUGUUUAUGUUGUGGUCAAUCUAGCGCUUAUAACUGCCUCACUGUUCAUUGUCCUACUCCUGCCUCACUUACCAUUACCCUCCUGCCUACGCUCAUGGGUUAAAGCCGAGAAGGACAGUGGGAAAGAGGUCGACGAUGAGAAAACCAUUAAUGCUAAUCCUGCGAACAUAGCCUUAAUUAUUCUUCUUGAACUUGCAAAUCUUGUCAACUUUCUAGUGCUUAUUUUGUGA